GCCUGGAACAAUGAGGUUGGCCAGAGAAGACAACCUACUGACGUUGGUAGAGAGAGCUCAACAACACUACUGCAUGCAAGAAAAAGAUGCACGUUCCUCCCACUCAAACAUCACUGGAACUUUUGUAAUGCCAGGCAGCAGACUCACAAGAAUCGAUGUUGGUGCCCCGUGCAGGGAAAGAUCAGUCACCCGCGUAUGCGGGUAGGUUGGCUACUAAGACAGCGAAGACGAAUGCCCAUGAGAGUGGAUUUUCCCGGACUCAAGGACAGCGGCUUGUCUGAAACGAGGCACAUGAAAGAACAAAAUUCGACGGCAACUGUGCGUGUCCGGAGAGUCAGCAAAAAGUUCGACUCUCCAGCGUAUACCUGCAUUACCCUGCGCUCUUGGUCACCUCGGCUAGCCGCCUUUCUGCUUCGUGUGUGGCUCUCCCCGUUCUUGUGCCGCUGCAGUCGUUGAUCCAGAGAGGUGUCACCUGUGCUUCAGCGCGGGGGUGUACACUUGGUGUGAGUUUGGAAGCCUUACGUAAAAGUGGGGUCCAAAGUGCAUUGAUCCAUGGAUUACCAAACGAGUCGUAAAACCCCCGUCUUUGCCGUGCGUUCCCCGUCCGCGCGUUUUAGAUUCGAUGCUUCUCCGCGGAGUACGGAAACAAAACGAGCUUUACAAAACUUUGGGCACUACUCCGGCAUCCUUUGCGGCGAUUCGUCUCCUUCCACUGAACGCUGCUGUAACUAAUGGCGCGGUUACUGCCUGCAGAGAAAUACCAGCGACACACUCCCGUUCGCUUUUGAGGCGCCCUGCGAGUUCAUUACCUCUACCGGGCGGGCACUAUGGUAUCGUCACGCGUCACGGUGCAGUCGGCGUGAUGUCACCACACGCUGCCAGUGGAUAUAUCUACGGAAGCUGUUCGUCGCUAUGGGUUAUGGGGGAACGUCACCGAAACACGGUAAACGGCUAG